AUGGAAAGACACCAUUAGGCUCCAAAAGUUACUGGAAAUAGGGCAUUUACAAUCAUCCCUAGAUGUUAAAGGGAUUCAAAAUCUACCAAAGUAGUUUAAGCUGUGAAAUCUUCACCUUAAUAUUUAAUCUUAAAAUGGUUUUACAAUAAAGAGAGACAUAUGGAUCAAUGGACUCUUGCUGAUUUAAGAGAUGAGCUGGUGGAUUAUAUGACGGAGUAGGAUGUUACUGCUAACGUAAUAUACUAUAGUUCAAGUUCAAGAAUGGUCAAGCAUACUUUUGUUAGCUUUGAGAUUGAUGGGAAAUUCUAUACUGACGAGCAAUGCAAGUCGACUCCAAUCAAAGGAUUGAUCCAUAACCUAACAGUGUUCAAAUUACACGCAGAUUACGGAUUAGCAGGUGGUUCAUAAGUUUAGCAGGAAGCAGGAGGUUUCUGCUCUAUUUUUUGA